AUGUCGCUAGUUCGAGUGAAAUCUCAAUUCUGCCAUGGAACAUCUCAAUAUGAUCGAUGUUCGCCAAAUAGUGCAUGUGCCUGUUUCUAUAUAGCAGGUGCUAUUGACAUUGGCAUUUGUGGCGAUGAAUUCGUCGAUUGUUCUGAGCUACCUGCAUGCGAACGCCCAAACAAUCUUUGUCGUGAACCUAACCAUAGAUGUGUUCAUCAUCCUCGAUGCCAUAAUCUUCCUGUUUGUUAUCCAGUACCGAGUUUCAAUCGGCAACUCUGUCCACCGAUACUAACAAUGAAUAGUACAACUAUAAGUACAAUUACAACUGCAACAGCAACUACAAUUACAAGUACAACUGCUACCCAACAACCAUGUAAGCAUUAA